GUAAAGAGGGAAAAAAAAAACCUCUCCAAGUUUCCCACAACAAUAUCACAGGAAAAAUAAAAUCUACCAAGCUUUUUUGUUGUUGUUGUUGUUUUAAUCUAUACUUUUUAAUUGUUUUUAUCUCUCAUUUCAAGCUCCAUUUUCUUUCAUUUUGGGAGAAUUUUUGAAUUUGGUUUCCUGGGGAGUUUUGUUUUUUCCUGGAUGGUUGAGUUGUGAGAUUUUAUUUUUAUUUUUUGGAGUAAUUUGGGGUGAGAAAAUGGCUGCAGAAGGAAUGUUGUCGUUUUCAGUUGCUUCAGUUGUGGAGGAUGUACUGCAACAACAUGGCAAUCGCUCCAAAGAUCUUGAUUUGGAAUCUAGAAAAGCUGAGGAAGCUGCAUCAAGAAGGUACGAAGCCGCCGGAUGGCUAAGGAAGAUGGUUGGAGUUGUGGCGGCUAAAGAUUUGCCAGCAGAGCCAUCGGAGGAAGAAUUUAGGCUUGGUUUGAGGAGUGGAAUAAUCCUCUGCAAUGUUCUCAAUAGAGUUCAACCUGGAGCUGUGCCUAAGGUGGUGGAAAGUCCAUGUGACGCGGCCCUCAUACCUGAUGGAGCUGCAUUGUCAGCUUUUCAGUAUUUUGAAAAUAUAAGGAAUUUCUUGGUAGCUGGUCAAGGGUUGGGGCUUCCCACUUUUGAGGCAUCCGAUCUAGAACAAGGAGGCAAAUCUGCAAGGGUGGUUAAUUGUGUUCUAGCACUUAAGUCCUAUAACGAGUGGAAGCUCUCGGGUGGAAAUGGAGUGUGGAAAUUUGGUGGAAACUUAAAACCGGCCACCACCACUUUGGGAAAGUCAUUUGUAAGAAAAAAUUCAGAGCCUUUCACAAACUCCUUGCAGAGGACCUCAUCGAUGAAUGAGAAACUAUUAAGUGGUCACUCCAAUGAAAUUGAUCCUAAUAAAAUGCAGGCCAGUUCUGGUUCGUUAAGCAUGUUGGUUCGUGCCCUUCUAACAGAUAAAAAACCUGAAGAAGUUCCAACGCUGGUUGAAUCUGUGCUCAGUAAAGUUGUAGAGGAGUUUGAGAAUCGGAUUGCAAGCCAAUCUGGAGUGAUGAAAACGACUUCGAAAGACAUCACUCCUUCUAAACUCAGAAAGCCUGUAUUAAAACAAACUCUUGGGGAUAAAAAGAUUGAGGAAAAGAACAUCGAAGUGAUGAAGAAAGAAGAUUGCUUCCAAAAGAACCUCAUUAAUGAGGAGGAAUUAAAAGGUCAAUUGCAAAAACAGCAAAUGAUCUUUGAUCAACAACAAAGAAAUAUUAAGGAACUAAAGCAUGCUAUUAAUUCCACAAAAGCAGGCAUGCAAUUCAUACAAAUGAAGUUUCAUGAAGAAUUCAACAGUCUUGGUAUGCAUAUUCAUGGCCUAGCUCAUGCUGCUUCUGGUUACCACAGGGUUCUAGAAGAAAACCGCAAGUUAUAUAACCAAGUUCAGGAUCUUAAAGGAAGUAUCCGUGUUUAUUGCCGUGUGAGACCAUUCUUGUCUGGAUCAAGCUAUCUUAGCACUGUGGAUCAUAUAGAAGAAGGAAACAUCAUCAUCAACACUCCAUCGAAGUAUGGUAAAGGACGCAAAUCCUUCACCUUCAACAAAGUCUUUGGGCAGUCUGCAACUCAAGCGGAGGUUUUUUCUGAUAUGCAGCCACUGAUUCGGUCAGUUCUUGAUGGAUACAAUGUUUGCAUAUUUGCAUAUGGUCAGACAGGAUCAGGGAAAACUUACACUAUGACUGGACCUAAAGACCUGACAGAGAAAAGUCAAGGGGUUAAUUAUAGGGCACUAGGUGAUUUGUUCCUUCUAGCAGAACAAAGAAAGGAUACCUUCCGCUACGAUGUUGCUGUUCAGAUGAUUGAAAUUUAUAAUGAGCAAGUCAGGGAUCUCCUUGUUACAGAUGGAAGUAACAAAAGAUUAGAAAUUCGCAACAGUUCUCAGACAGGUCUCAAUGUACCAGAUGCCAACCUCAUGCCUGUUUCGUCAACAUCAGAUGUUAUUGAUCUGAUGAACCUAGGACAAAGGAAUCGUGCAGUUGGUGCAACGGCCCUAAAUGACCGUAGUAGCCGUUCUCAUAGUUGCUUGACCGUCCAUGUUCAAGGAAGAGAUUUAACAUCUGGAACUACUCUCCGUGGCUGCAUGCAUCUUGUGGAUCUCGCAGGAAGUGAGAGAGUAGACAAGUCUGAGGUAACGGGAGAUCGACUAAAAGAGGCACAGCACAUAAACAAAUCUUUAUCAGCUCUAGGAGAUGUGAUUGCUUCCCUUGCCCAAAAGAAUCCACAUGUUCCUUACAGAAACAGCAAGCUCACUCAACUUCUUCAAGAUUCACUUGGAGGACAGGCCAAGACACUAAUGUUUGUUCACAUAAGCCCUGAAUCUGAUGCCUUAGGUGAAACAAUAAGUACUCUCAAAUUUGCAGAGCGUGUAGCUACUGUUGAACUUGGUGCUGCUCGAGUGAACAAAGACACUUCGGAUGUUAAAGAACUCAAAGAACAGAUUGCUAGCCUGAAGGCAGCUUUGGCUAGGAAAGAGGGAGAGAUGGACCAAAGCCAGCACUCUGUAUCUAGUAGCUCUGAAAAAUACCGAACAAAAGCUAGUGAUCUAUCGCCCUUCAAUCCUAAUCAGCAAGUUGGAGAUGUUUUGGGGGCAAGAGAACCUGUGGCGAAUGUGGGCAACAUUGAGGUGUGCAAUAACUCUGCAUUGAGGCAAAAGAGGCAAAGCGUUGAUCUUGAUGAGCUAUUAGCAAAUUCACCUCCCUGGCCUCCCGUUGUCAGUCCUGCCCAAAACUUUAGGGAUGAUGAGAAAGAAUUAGGCUCGGGUGAGUGGGUGGAUAAGGUUAUGGUGAACAAGCAAGAUACCAUUAACAGAGUGGGAAGCCCUCUAGGAUGUUGGGAAGCAGAAAAUGGGAACUUGUCUGAUGUCUUUUACCAGAAAUAUCUCCACGAUUCUUCAAAGAUUUAUCCAGAAAAAUCAUAUAAUAUGUUCUUGGGGGCUAAUGGAUUCAAUAUGGCCAGUGCUGAUGACAUAGAUGAUAUUGAUGUUGCAACCAGUGACUCGUCCGAGCCUGAUUUGCUCUGGCAAUUCAAUUCGACCAAACUUAGCAGCAUAACCAAUGGGAUUGAGUCCAAGACCAAGAGACCCACUCCAAAAUCAGCAAGAAACCCAGAUAUGAGCAAAAAUCUACAUCCUAUGUCAGGGCCAUCACCGUCUAGGAAACUAGCAAAUGGAGCUGGCCAACCUUUGCAUCGAAAUGUGAGGCAGCCACCAGCUGCUGACGGGAAACGCAGAACUGGGAGCAGAAAAUAACAAGUUUAUACACCAUUAUAACCACGUUGGAGUGAUUUCUGAUUCUUUUCUUCUUUUUAUUUUAUUUUAUUUCUUUUUUCCUCUUAUAUUUUUUAGAGAGUGAGAGAAUGUCUUGAAUAUACAGAUAACCUUUUUCUUUCAUUGUAAUUUUUUUUAUGGUAUAGUUAAAACGCAGCAAUAAUUCCAGUUGCCUAUUUGUUUAUUAAGGACAAGUUGUGCAGAUGAUGCGUCCUGCCUUGGGUAUUUGUGUAAAGACUCUGCUUUUCUUCGGUGCUUGAGAGAAUUAAAAGUCUUAUUGCAAUGGCUCUGCAAUUACCAUACAA